UCCACUGGGGAUCGAACCCAGAAUCUCUGGUUCCGUAGACCAGCGCCUUAUCCAUUGGGCCAUGGAAGUUCUAACGAGACUCUGUAAUAAUAAAAUAAUGAUCAAACUCCAACGGAUCACAUUACAGAUUUCCAGUCCGCCCACACAAAGCUGAACCGGAGAUGACGAGGCUGCUGUCGAAGACGUUCCGUUCUCUGAAGAGUCACCUCCGGCACCGGCAGCCACCAAAAGCAUCCCCAUCUUCACCGUCCUCUUCUUCAAAGAGAUCAUCACAGGCAGCGCUCAGAUUAUCAUCAUGGACCGUCUAUCUCAUUCUCUCCACCAACACACCCAUCAAAACAUACGUUGGUGUCACCACCGAUUUCCCUCGUCGGCUGAAACAACAUAAUGGUGAACUGAAAGGUGGAGCCAAAGCCUCCCGUGCCGGAAGGCCUUGGGUUUGUGCAUGCAUUAUUCGGGGAUUUAAGGACCAAAGUGAAGCAUGUGAGUUUGAAUCAAAAUGGAAGAGUAUCUCUCAGAAGUUGCCCCGCAAACGGAAAGCAGAUGAUACAUCCAAGCAUAUGGAUAAUGGAUCACUUUUGCUGUUGCAACACAGAAAAGCAGCUUUGGACAGAGUCAAAGGUUCCUUUGAUUGUACUUACUUAGAAAUUGAUUGGCAACUAAACCCCUCUUGAUUGGAUAAAUUCCAUGGUUGUGACAAAAUAUUUUUAUUCUUUUUCAAAUUGUAUUCCAUCUCAACUUUUUUAUUAUUUAUGAAUGGUGAACUUGUAUAUUAUACAAAAAAUAAAAUAUUCUUCCUCUGGUCAAAUGGGAAAAGUACAGUACUACACCUACAAUAUAGAAUUACAGCAUAUGUGCAAAAGCACUUGAAAACCACGGCUGAAGUGUUUGGAAGGUUUUUCGAGUAUCUCAACAACUGACCUACUGAGGAACUAGAAAGAAGUGGACUCUGCUGCUUAUAUAACAGUUGUUAAUCAUCAAUGCUCUCCACUGGAUAGAGGGUUUGUAAAAUUUAAAUUUGCUGGUAGCAGCUUGGGAAACCCAGGACGUUCAGGUAUAGGAGGUGUAUUUAGAGAUGAGGAAGGUAAAUUCAUUGCUUUAUACUCUGGGCUGGUUGGGACUUGGGGAUGGAGACUCUUUUAGAGCAAAGGUGAUGGCUGUGGUUUAAGUCAUAACAAAGGCAAGGAUGAUGGGCAUUACUAAUUUAUUUGUGGAUGGAGACUCAAAGCUGGUAAUCAAUUGGCUACAAGAAGAGGAGAUGAAAAUGUGGCUCUUCAACAAUGAAAAGAAAAGAGUCUAGUGGCUAACCAGAGAUAUGGAACUCAGAAUUGGAUGGGUUAAGAGAGAUGCUAAUUCUGUAGCUGAUGCUUUAGCUAAACAGGGGGUGGGGAGAGAUUCUUUGUUCUGGGCACAGAUGUAAGGGAGUUGGGUUGGGAUGGGGAGAGAUAAGAGGUUUUAUCUUUCAGUCUUUGUUCUGUACUUCUAUGUUUUGUACUUAUUAUUUCUUGCAUUAUUUAAUGAAAAUUUCAUG